AUGGCAUCCGUCUCCAUUCAUCCUCCAUCGCCGGCAGCAAUGUCACGGAGGGCACCGCUAACUGCUCUACCGAACGCGGUAAACUCUCCCUACCACAGUGUCACGGCCGCGGCGGCGAAACGUCAGCGAACACAACGUGACUUGUACAGUCAAUCUACAACUACCAAGGAUCAAAUUUCCGAGAUCGCUCUAAGAGCACCCGCUCGGGUGUCCAAUACCGAAUCUAGAAUUGCCCCAAUUCGUAAGAGGGCCUUUGGUCGGUCCAUAGCGGGCGGUGACCCGCCAACCUUUAAUGGUGUGAGCCAUACUCAGGUCCAGCGAAGGGGUGUUGGGAGAGGCACCGAGCAGAACAAUAUCGAUAGUGUACGUGCUUGGCAACGGCAUUAUAAGAAGGUGUUUCCAGAAUACGUUUUCUACUUUGAGAAUAUCCCUGAGGACGUCGCGCAGAAAUGUCAGAAGCAACUCUCACAUCUUGGAGCGAGGCUUGAGGUUUUCUUUUCUAACUCGGUCACCCAUGUUGUUACAACGAGAGCGAUCCCUCCAGAGGGUGCUACCAUGGCACAAGCGGGCUCGAAAAGCCAGGCUGCUACCAUCAAUCCCUCUUUGCUAGAUGGUGGCACACUGAUCUGCUUGCCUAGUUCCCAGGAAGACCUACGUGGAACAUCGCGGCAGGCGUAUUGCGAUAUAUUACUGAAGGCUAGGGAAUACCGAAUGAAGAUAUGGGCUCUAGAGAAAUUUCAACGGAUGAUGAGUGUUAUGUUUGAUGUGACAUCAACCGCUACCACCGCUACUCAAGGUCGGGAAGUCAGCCAUGCAACACACGGCGCUCCCAACGUGGACCUCACCCAUGUAUUACGAAACGAGAGACUUCAUGGACCUACAGAUCGUGAUCCAAACGCGAUGGUCACAGAUCUUGUUUACUUUAAAGGGCACUUUAUAUAUGUUCAUGAUAUGAUGGGAGUUAACCGCCCGAUUAUGGUUAGGGAGUACGCAAAGGUUGCAAAGCGUGAAUGUGGGAAUUGGCCGCAGUUUCGGAGUGUUAGUGGUGGGAAGUGCCCAUUCAUUGAGGAAGCCGUUCAUCAGAAGAGAGAGAAGGAGCGGGAGAGACAGAUUGAGAAGAUGGAACGCACAAGACAGAAGGAGCUGGAGAUAUCGAGAGGGAGGGUUGCUAAGUCUAAUGCUCGUGAGGAAUUGGUGAAAAGGAAUGACCGAAAUGCACUUGUUGAGAUGAACAAUAGUGAACGCCGGUUGAACCGUAGUGGGGUUGUUGGCAGAGACGGAUUAUUCCAGGUUCCGCCAAUUAUUCCCGCCAAGCGCACAAACGUCCACUCCGCCAAUGAGGUCGCCUUUACUUCUGCAUAUCCAGACAAGAACCGCGGUGGGGAACCCGUUGCUUCUGGAGUGCAGCCAUCUAACAUUACUUCUGCCAUUCGCUCGCAGAUGAUUUCCUCUAUUGCCGAUCAACCGGGUCGACGGGCAGGAACGUCUAAAACUAUGAUUGAGCUUAACCGCAAGGUCCUUGUAGGAAACAGCAAAGGGAUUCCAGCUUCUCAACGUAUGAUGGAUUUGACCAACGCUGCUGCGAAUAGCCAGAACCUGGCCGGAGGGAUGGACAGGAGGCGAAGGCCCGGUUUGGACCAGAAUGCAACAAUUCGAGAGGACCGGAGCGAACAAGAGAGGAGGCUAAAGGCAAAAUCAAAGGGCAAUAAGGCUGCUCCUAAGAGAGAGUGUCGUCCGGGAUAUUGCGAGAAUUGCCGGGAGAAGUUUGAGGAUUUCGAGGAGCAUACCUUCUCUCGCCGCCAUCGCAAAUUCGCAGCCAAUGACGACAACUGGGCUGACCUUGAUGAUCUACUCUCUGAGCUGAAAAGGCCUCUCAAGGCUUCUGCCAGAUGUGGGUAG